AUGGUCUCAUACGAUGAGCUCCGUCGAGCAACAGACAACUUUGGCAGGGAGAAUCUGGUUGGAGAUGGUGGCUUCGGAUCAGUAUACAGAGGCAAGCUAGCAGACGAUACAGCUGUAGCAAUCAAAGUGCUGAACGUGGGAAAGACAGGCUCUUGGAGCAGCUUUCUUGCAGAGUGCAAGGCGUUGAGAAAUGUGAAGCACCGAAAUCUUGUGAAGCUGAUCACAACAUGUUCAAGCGUGGAUCAUAAGAACGAAGAUUUCUGGGCUCUGGUGUACGAGUUCCUUCCCAAUGGGAGCCUAGCCGAUCGGUUACAGCCUGGAAUAAACAGAGAUGGGUUCAAUCUGCUGCGGAGACUAAACAUAGCCAUUGAUGUCGCCAGCAUUCUCGAUUACCUUCACCAUGACUGCGAAGUCCCCGUAGUACACUGCGAUCUGAAGCCGAGCAACAUUCUGCUGGAUCAAGACAUGACGGCGAAAGUGGGAGAUUUUGGGCUCGCCAAGUUGCUGAUAGAGAAAAUGGGCGACCAAUCUUCCAUCAGCUCCCUCCAUGGCCUCAUGGGCUCCAUUGGCUACAUACCUCCAGCCUUCCUCUUUUGGUUCUUGCUCAGUUCCGUUUCCCAGGCGGCAGCUGGUCCGACCAGUAUUGACACAGACAAGGAGGCCUUGCUGGCGUUCAGGUCUCAGGUAUCAUCUCAAUCCCCUGCUUUGUUCUCUUCCUGGGACGACGGCCAAGCUUCAUCUUCUUCUCCUUGCAACUGGACCGGAGUUUCCUGCGACGCGAGUGGGAGUCGAGUGGUGGCCCUCGGUCUAUCCGGUUUGGGUCUGGUCGGGACGAUCACCCCUUUCAUAGGCAACCUGUCGUUUCUCCAGUCGCUUGAGCUUCACAACAAUCAGUUCACAGGAAACCUUCCUGACCAAAUCAGCAGCCUUGUUAGGCUGAGGGUUCUGAACAUGAGUUCCAACAGGUUGGAAGGUUCUAUCCCGGGGAACGUAAGCAGGUUGGCAGAGCUUAAAGUUAUGGACUUGUCGAUGAAUUCAUUCACGGGUUGGGUUCCAAAUCAACUGGGCUCGCUUCUCCAUCUUGAAGUUCUCAACUUGGGGAGUAAUCUUCUCUCGGGUCCGAUUCCUGCUUCCAUAUCGAAUAUCACGUCACUUGUGGAAUUGCACUUGAGCACGAAUUCCUUCUCCGGGUCGAUUCCUGGGGAAUUGAGUCUUCUGCGAAGCUUGGAAGUUCUUGAUCUGACCAUCAAUGAACUCACUGGUACGGUUCCUUCAACCAUCUACAACAUGUCUUCUUUAACCUAUUUAGCAUUGGCUUCCAACCAGCUAUGGGGUACAAUACCUGGAAAUGUUGGGGAGACACUUCCAAAUCUUCUCGUCUUCAGGUUCUGCUUCAAUAGGUUCACUGGAGGGAUUCCUGGUUCGUUGCACAAUCUGACCAAUAUGCGGGUCAUUAGAAUGGCUCAUAAUCUUCUGGAAGGAACCGUCCCACCAGGUUUGGGGAAUCUUCCAUUCCUGGAAAUGUAUAACAUUCGUGGCAACAGGAUAGCAAGUUCAGGCGCUGAUGGUCUUGGAUUCAUCACUUCUUUGACCAAUAGCACCCGACUGAAACUCCUUGCCAUUGAUGAAAACCUUUUCGAGGGCGAGAUUCCAGAAUCAGUAGGGAAUCUUUCGAAAGAUCUGACCCUAUUGUACAUGGGAGAUAAUCGAAUUCAUGGGAGUAUACCGUCCUCGAUUGCCCGUCUUCAUGGCUUGACAUUACUGAACAUCAGCUAUAAUGCAAUCACCGGACAAAUCCCGGAUGAAAUUGGGCAGUUAGAGAACUUGCAAGAGUUGAUCUUGGCUGGGAAUAGAAUCCAAGGAAGGAUUCCAGAUUCAUUUGGUACGCUCCAAAGGCUGAAUGUGAUUGACCUGUCGAGAAAUGAACUAUUGGGCAGAAUUCCAUCGAGUUUUGGGAAUUUCCACAGCCUCGUUUCCAUGGAUUUAUCUAGCAACAGGUUGAAUGGAAGCAUACCAAAAGAAGUCUUCUCUCUCCCUAGCUUGAGCAUAGCUUUGAAUCUGUCUCACAACUACCUAACUGGGGAAUUGAACGAAGAUUUGGGGCUUCUACACAAUGUUGUCACCAUCGAUCUCUCUUCCAACUUCCUGUCAGGCAACAUUCCAAUCUCAAUCAGAAAUUGCAAGGGCCUAGUCCGGCUGUUCAUGGCAAAAAAUUCACUGUCAGGAAACAUUCCAAGCACUAUAAGAGAAAUGAAAGGACUGGAAGUCCUAGACCUGUCCUACAACAAUCUUUCUGGUGUCAUUCCUCCAGAGCUACUCCACCUAGAGGUUCUUCAGUUCUUGGACCUUUCGUUCAAUAACUUGGAGGCAGAUACUUGUAGCAAAACACUUUCAAAAGUCCGGUUUGAAGGCAACCCGAAGCUGCUUUCCCUUUCUAAGUCCUGUAAGAAAGUUGGUGGAUCUAGUAGCAAGAAACUAAUGGCGAUCUAUGUUAGUGUUGCAGUUAUAGCAACACUAGCUUUGUGCUUCUACCUUGUCACUUGGGUCUACCUAAGAAAGCAUACAGCAAAAGCCACUGGCAACCUAGAGGGGGACGAACAUCAGCUGGUCUCGUUCGAAGAGCUCCGCCGAGCAACAGAAAACUUUAGCAGCGAGAAUCUGCUGGGAAGCGGUGGAUUCGGAACAGUUUACAGAGGAAAAUUGUCGGAUAACAGCGUGGUGGCAGUCAAGGCACUGAACGUGAAAAGAACUGGCUCAAGGGACAGCUUUCUGGCAGAGUGCAAGGCUCUAAGCAAUGUGAGGCACCGGAAUAUUGUGAAGCUGGUCACGACAUGCUCGAGCUGGGACUCCGAGAACCAAGAAUUCUGGGCUCUAGUCUACGAGUUCCUACCGAAUGGGAGUCUUGCAGACUGGCUACAAGCUGGCAAAGAUGGUGAAAAGAGAGACCGGUUGACUCUGCUACAGAGACUGAACAUAGCUAUUGAUAUUGCCAGCGCCCUAGAUUACCUACACCAUGGCUGCCAAGUCCCCGUAGUACACUGCGACUUAAAACCCAGCAACAUCUUAUUAGACCAAGACAUGACGGCUAAAGUUGGAGACUUUGGACUCGCCAGGCUGCUGAUAGAGCAAAUGGCGGGCGACCAUAAGGCUCCCAUUAGCUCAUGCAACUUCAUCAAAGGGUCCAUUGGGUACAUUCCUCCAGGUAAAUAUAUACACACAGCUUUCUCACAACUAUGA